UAUUGAAAAGGGAUGUCCCCCAUCUUAUAAAGAUGCACUGUGUUAAUCACAGGUUAGAAUUGGGUGCUCUAGAUGCAAUCAAGGAUAGAGAUGCUGAAAUGUUCUCGGAUAUCAAAUCUCUAUUACUAAGAUUGCAUAAGCACUACCAUUACUCUGCAAAAGCUCUGCGUGAACUUAAGAGUUUAGCAGAAGCUAUGGAGGUGAAAAUGCUGAAGCCAGCCAACCUAGAAGGCACACGAUGGAUGCCUCACCUCAGUAGGUCUUUGGCUGUGCUUCUCAAACCUGCUUCUUACUGUGUAUUUGUAACACAUUUUGAAGAUAUUGUGCAAGGUGGAAAAGGCACAGCUGAUGUACAAGGAAGAGCAAAGAGCAUCCUGAAGCACCUAAAGAGUGAAAAACUAUUACACUAUAUGUUUUUCUUACAGGAUGUACUUGAAAUUCUAAGUGAUCUUUCACUUCAGUUUCAAAGAGACACCUGCUCUAUUCCUGAUGCUCUUGAUGCCUUAGAAACAGCUUGCCUGCGCCUUGUUGCCCUUCAACAUAGACCAGGUAAGCAUCUUCAAGUAUUUGUUGAUGCUCUUGAUGACCAACAUGUCUUCCAGGGCAUACAACUCUCUCCUUGCACUAUGUCUGCAGAGGGACUAUCUAGCAAGAAGUCUCUCUUAAUUGAUGCUGUCAUCAAUCACAUUUCAGGGAGACUCCAAGAUCUAGACACCUCACCUGUAUUAAAGUCAAUGCAGAUUUUUUUCAUGGUCAACCUUCCAGAAUCAGCCACUGAUCUAGCAUUGUAUGGGGAGCAGGAAAUAGGCACUUUGAUUCAGUAUUUUAAUCCUUUGCUUUGCAGACUUGGCUGCCAAACAGAUGCCAUCAAGGAUACAGAAUGGCCUGCUUUAAAAGCCCAUAUGAGUAGAAAUAGACAAAAGUCCACUGAGGUACUACACAAAAUAAUUUUCACUGAUGAUAACCUGAAAGAGAGGUUCAAGAACAUUCUUGUUCUUGUUGAGAUCAUUUUGUGUGUACCAACCUCAAGUGCCAUCUGUGAGCGUGGGGUCUCAGCCAUGGCAAGAAUCAAAAGUGACUGGAGGGCAUCCCUUAACCCAGAUAUGUUGAACUAUCUGAUGGCCAUUUCUGUCUCAGGUCCACAAGUUAGUGAUUAUAAUUGUACUAGGGCUCUCAACAUGUGGUAUCAUGGAGGACAGAGGCAGCGCAGGCCACAGUUUGAUGAGAAUGAUGAUGUAGAUGAAUUGUCUAAUUAACUUUAUGUCCAUUUUUAUAACACAAGUUGAAGAUCAUGAUCAAAGGAUGCCAAGUGUUGUUUCUAGUCAUGUAAACAUUAGGGUUAUAUAUUAGCCUGGAUGAUGAUUAACUAACAAUCAAUUUCAUAAACAAUAUCAUAUGUCCAGUUUAUUGCCUUAUGUAAAUAUGUUAACCUUACCUAAUACAAGAAGUAUUAAUGUAUGAGCUUGUUUGUCUUUUCUGAUUAAACAUUUUUACCAUUUUAGGUCAGGACAAGUAAGUCUUAGGUCAGGGCAAGUAGUUUUGAAAACUACUUGCCCGACAGGACAACCUGAUUCAAAAGUUAAUGUCUAG